CGCUCUGUUGAAUGGUGUGGUGACACUGGCGACCAUUCUUUCUGGUCGGGGUUGAAGCAAAAAAGUCAGUGGCAUAAAAGCAGUAAAAUGUGUAUUAAAUAGUGAAAAUAUCAAUGAAAGCAACAUGUUAUUGUGUUAAUGUGUUAUCGCGUUGCCUUGUUAGAUAGAAUUAAUUGUUGAUAAAGUUGGGCAAGUGCAUCAAUGAGCUGAGUGAGAACGGCGUCUACGACUGCACCGCUUGCACCAAAUACCUAUGAAUGUACAUACAUACAUACAUACAUAUAUGUAUGCAUGCAAACAUAUGUACAUAUGCAUGUGUAUAUGAAAAACCUGCUGCCGUUGGCCGUAAUUACAGUUAGACACUAAAAGUAGCAACACGGUCAGUUAAUUAAGGAACAAAGCUUGGUUCAGUGCAGUUCAGUUGAGUUGAGGUGGGGAGUGCAUAGACGCCCACGCACGCUCCCAAUUGCAAUUUGCAAUGGAAAACGAUUCCGUCAAGUCGGAACACAGUGGACGCUCGCGACGCUCUCGCAAUCACAACAACAAUAGUAGCGGAGGAGGAGGUGGUGGUGGUGGUGGAGGAGGAGGGGGUACUGUAAACAACGGCUACCACAGAGAUCGAUCGCGUCACUCGCAUCGCAGCACGCAUUCCUCCAAGUCCGGCAAAGGAGGCGGAGGCAGCCGUGGUGAUAUGGCACCCUAUCAAACCAGCGUUAAUAUGACGGGUGAUGAAUCCCGUGAUGGACAGGAGGUGAUUGAAGUGCAAAUACUGCCACAGGAUGAGAACUGGGGUGAGAAUACGACCGCCGUGACGGGCAACACUUCGGAGCAGAGCAUAUCCAUGGAGGACAUCAACAAUAUGUGGCAUCGUGAGAACGACAAAGGAUUCGGUUUCGCCUGUCGUCGUUACGUGGAGUCCACCUUCUAUUUUCUGCUCGGCUGUGCGGCAUUCUUCUCACCGGUUGCCAUGGUGGUCAUGCCCUACAUUGGCUUCUUCCCGUCGGCCUUCCAUCCGGAACUGACGCAAACGGUGCGCACUCCACUGCUAACCUGUAGUGAACAGUGCAAGGGUCAGCUGGUCUCACUGGCUGCCCGUUUGCUGCUCCUGGCCAUUGGCUUGUGGGCUUUGUUCAUGCGUCGCACAUCCGCCAGCAUGCCGCGCAUAUUUCUAUAUCGCGCCAUUGUGCUGCUCCUGGUCACAAUCUGCACAUUCGCCUAUUGGCUGUUUUACAUCGUGCAGGUCACGAACGGCGCUAAAAUUGUGGUUGAAACGAACGGCGAUGCUGUCAACUAUAAAUCUCUGGUUGCCUAUGCCACCAACUUUGUGGACACGCUGCUUUUCAUACACUAUGUGGCAGUUGUGCUGCUGGAGUUGCGCCAUCAGCAGCCCUGUUACUAUAUCAAGAUUAUACGCUCACCGGACGGCGUAUCCCGCUCCUAUAUGCUGGGGCAACUGAGCAUACAGCGUGCCGCCGUUUGGGUGCUCCAACAUUACUAUGUUGACUUUCCCAUCUUCAAUCCGUAUCUGGAGCGCAUACCCAUUUCCAUAUCGAAAUCACAACGCAACAAAAUCUCGAAUAGUUUCAAGUAUUACGAAGUGGACGGAGUAAGCAACUCGCAGCAGCAAAGCCAAAGCCGCGCUGUGCUGGCAGCCAAUGCCCGGAGACGGGAUUCCUCACACAAUGAACGCUUCUACGAGGAGCACGAGUACGAGAGACGUGUGAAGAAGCGACGUGCACGUCUCAUCACUGCCGCCGAGGAGGCAUUCACCCACAUCAAGCGCAUACACAAUGAACCCGCGCCAGCGCUGCCCUUGGAUCCGCAGGAGGCAGCACAGGCGGUGUUUCCAUCCAUGGCGCGGGCUUUGCAGAAGUAUUUGCGAGUAACCCGACAACAGCCACGGCAUACAUUUGAGAGCAUACUGAAGCAUCUGGCACACUGUCUGAAGCAUGAUCUGUCGCCACGCGCCUUUCUGGAACCCUAUCUGACGGAAUCACCCGUCAUGCAGAGCGAGAAGGAGCGUCGCUGGGUGCAGUCGUGGUCACUGAUCUGCGAUGAUAUCGUAUCGCGGCCAAUUGGCAACGAGUGCACAUUUCAGCUAAUACAAAACGAUGUCUCCUUGAUGGUCACCGUGCACAAGCUGCCGCAUUUCAAUCUUGCCGAGGAGGUGGUCGAUCCAAAGAGCAAUAAGUUUGUACUUAAGCUCAAUUCAGAGACAUCUGUAUGACACCACCAACACCAACAUAACCAUAACCAUCAACAGCAUCCAAGGACACCGCCAAUGGUGACGCCCACGCACAGCAAUCAAACGCAAUCCUCGUAUUUGCAUGUCUUUGUCUGAUUGUCUGAUACUCCAAUUUGGUGGCUCCAAAUCGUUUCUUAGUCGGGAUUAUAGAUUUAUCAAAAUUAGUUAACAUUAACAAUUUAAGUGAUUGUAAUCACGAGUAUUCCAGCUUAUUUAAUUCCCUAUAAUCCCGAUUAAGAAACGUUCUUAUUUUUUCUUGAAGUUAGUAUUAAUUUAUACAAAACUAUAACUGAAACUGAACUUAAGGCCAGCAUGCGUAUAUAUAUACAUUAAAUGCAGGGAAUAACACCGGUACCGGAACCGUUAACCGAAACUAACCGUUUCAUUUUUAAUACCGGAAGUGAAACCGUAACCAAAUAAAAAUUCUCUGUCAAGAAUCAAAUACCGAAACAUCUGUAUCGGUACGGUUGUGGUAAAGUUGCUAGGUCAAAGAGUUGUCCAACUUCCAACUGUCAUAA